AUGGACCCGGCCAACUACCGUGAGGCGCUGCGUGAGGCGGCCCUUGAUGAGCUGGAGGGCGCUGACAUCAUGAUGGUCAAGCCCGGGAUGCCCUACCUCGACGUAGUCAGGUCCCUGCGCGACAACACCACGCUGCCCAUCAGCGUGUACCACGUCAGCGGGGAGUACGCCAUGCUCAAGGCGGCUGCGGAGCGCGGCUGGCUCAACGAGAGGGACGCAGCCCUGGAGGCGCUCACGUGCUUCCGCCGCGCGGGUGCUGACAUCAUCCUGACGUACUACGCGGUGCAGGCCUCCAAGUGGUUGGCAGGGGAGAAGUGA